GAUGCUAUCGAAUAUUUAAGAUAGCAAUUGACACGAUUUUAAAUAAUCAAAAUUAAUUUAAUGUUAUCUCUAAAAUACCUGCUAUAAAUAGCGCUUCAUUUAACAGAUUGUUACAGUCACAACAAACUCCUUAUCCUGAAAGGAUCCACCUUCUUUCUUGAGAAAACAAUACAAAAUAAUAUAUUAAAGAUGAAGAGCCUGCUCCUCGUAGUACUGUUGGCAGCGGCAGCCUCAGCCGCCAUCGUCAGUCAGGAUAUUGCUGAAGCUCCCGAGGCGGUCGUCGAGUAUGAGAGCAUCCUGUAUAGCGACGAAGCUGAAGUUUCUGAAGUAGAGGCUGGUAGCAGAAGCGUUGAUAUCGAAACUCGUCGCAACCUCAGCGUAGGGACCAUUGGCAACAGCAGACUGCUUGUCACUAGUCAACACAUCAGAGGCGCUAUCGCAAACACAAUCAUCGUCCAGAACAUUACUUUUAACUUCGCUGCCAGUAUCAGGAUAUCCGCGAUCCGAGUGAUGCGAGUGGGAGCCUCACAGAACGCGACCCCGUCCAUAGCUUCUGGAGGGCUUAACCGCAACUUUGUGACAAUCAGACUGCAGUCAGCCAGAGGCCGCGGCUACAACUACAGAAUUCAGAUCUACGGACGUUAAGAUACAGCAAAUUUUCUCUUAAGCGUGUAAGAAAAUACUGAAAGGGUUUAGUUUUAAGAUUGAUAUGUAAUUUUAAAUGUGUACAAUAAAUGCUUACGUCUU